AAAAAAAAAAAAAAAAAAAAAGAAGAAGCCGCCCAGCAGCAGAGGAAGGAGAGAGGAGCGAGCGGCAGCAGUGACGCGGCGGAGGUGUAGUUUGACGCGGUGUGUUACGUGGUGGGGAAGAGAAUAAAAAAAGCCCAGCGAGAUCCCAGCCGCGAACGAAAGCAGUGACGGAGGAGAGGCAGUGUAACCCGGUAACUAAAUGACCAUGGAAUCUGGAGCAGAGACGCAGCAGAGUGGAGAUGCGGCUGUGACGGAGGCAGAGGCCCAACAAAUGACUAUUCAAACCCAGCCACAAAUUGCCACAUUAGCACAGGUUUCCAUGGCAGCUGCACAUGCAACAUCCUCUGCCCCUACUGUUACAUUAGUCCAGCUUCCAAAUGGACAAACAGUGCAGGUACACGGGGUUAUUCAAGCUGCACAACCAUCUGUUAUACAAUCUCCACAGGUGCAGACAGUGCAAAUCUCCACAAUUGCAGAAAGCGAAGAUUCCCAAGAAUCCGUAGACAGUGUUACAGACUCUCAGAAGCGCAGAGAAAUUUUGUCAAGACGGCCAUCAUACAGAAAAAUCUUAAAUGAUCUAUCUUCAGAUGCCCCUGGUGUACCAAGAAUUGAGGAAGAAAAGUCUGAAGAGGAGACAUCUGCUCCAGCCAUUACAACAGUGACUGUACCGACACCUAUAUACCAAACCAGCAGUGGCCAAUAUAUUGCCAUUACUCAGGGAGGAGCUAUACAGCUAGCUAACAAUGGUACAGAUGGAGUUCAAGGACUUCAGACAUUAACUAUGGCCAACACAGCUGCAUCUCAACCUACAAUCUUACAGUAUGCACAGACGACAGAUGGACAGCAGAUUCUUGUCCCAAGUAACCAAGUUGUUGUACAAGCUGCCUCAGGGGAUGUACAGACUUACCAGAUCCGCACAGCACCUACAAGCACGAUUGCACCAGGAGUGGUCAUGGCAUCCUCUCCAGCAAUACCUGCCCAGCCUGCUGAGGAAGCUGCACGAAAGAGAGAAGUGAGACUUAUGAAGAACAGGGAAGCUGCUCGGGAGUGUCGCCGGAAAAAGAAAGAAUAUGUAAAAUGCCUAGAGAACAGGGUAGCUGUCCUGGAAAAUCAAAACAAAACAUUGAUCGAAGAACUGAAAGCACUUAAGGACCUCUAUUGCCACAAAUCUGAUUAAGAUGGGCAGAUUACAUUGGGUUUAUGAACCCUGAAGAGGAGAGAGAGACUGUUUUUUUAACCAGAUGAACUGUGUUUUUUUUUUUUUUCUUUUUUAAUUUCAUUUUCUAUAUUCCCCUUUGCGCAAAACUGCCUGACAGCAACUACAGGAUUUCAUUCAUUCAUCUGUGCUUUUUGCAUUAAACUGUGAAUGCUCCUAACUCCUGCCUCCAAAACCAAGCAAGUAAAUAACAUCUUUCAAGAUCAAGAAGAGACUUGUUCUAUUUUAUUUUUUUUAAACCUAUUUUGUUUAUUUGCAACUCUGCUUUGCGCUUCCUGUGUUUGCUCCACAUUGUUAGUGCAGGGAAGUUUUGUAUAUAUCUACAUAUAAUGCAUUGAGGGGUCUUUCACUCAUGUGGCUCUUAGUACAAUUAUAUACUGUAUUAUUGGAGCUGAUUACAGACUUGCUUUGCCUAUCUACUUUACUCCACUAUGCCUGGCCAAAGCAUCAAUGAAGUGAUUGAUCAGUUAUUAAGGUGUCCAAAUGACCACACAACGUGUAAGAUAAACGUAUUGAUUUCCUAUGGAGUACAUACAUUGUGUCUUGGAGACGAUUGGACUGUCGUGCUAGGAAACUGCACCAAUCAUUUGAUAAGUUAAGGCAUAGUACUCUUACUACAUUAAGAAUAUUGUGCUAAGCUUUGUUGAAAGGUCUGUUCUAAGCACACGGAGGUACAUCUGACACAAGUUUUAAAGGACUAAAGUUGAAAGAUGUACCCCUCAGUGUAUGACGAAAUGUAAAACAAUCAUUCUAAAUUUCCCCACUUGUUACCCUGUUUUUUAUUAAGGAAAGUAGAAUGUCUAAUUAUUUGUUAAACAGCGACACUUUAUGGGCAAUUUUAAAACUACAAACAUUUCUUUAUGUACUGUACCUCUAAACUAAAAUCCCUAUCACCAGCAACCUGUCAUGGGAUGUUUGACUCCACAUUUAUAUUAAUGAAUUGGAUGGUUUUUUGUUCCUUCCCUGUGCUGAUUUGAAAAGUUUGAUAAGAAAAAUGUACAAAAUGGGCUCCUCCCCAUUGGUUUACUGUUAGCCUCUGCUCACUGCAACAUUUAAAAUCAGAAACUUACUUUGUGUUUUGGAAUUUGUUGGUCUUGUAAAAUAUUUUAUGUUGAGUAGAGUUAUCAUGUACUAUUUGAAAUACAUUUUGUAUUUUAAAACAUA